AUGUUUCUUACUACUGAUGGUAACUUCCAAUUACCAAAUGCUCCAUUUUCUGCAUCGACAGUGCCUAUUGUGACAAAGCCAUCGUCUGUGGAAGUGGAUGCGAAGAGAUCAGCCGGCCUGUUCAAAGUCAACGAAGAGAUUCUGGAUGAAGAGACCAGUGUAGUUGCUACCGGUACAGGACAAGGGCUGAACGAAACAUGA